CAGUUUUUGUCAUGUAUAUUGAAUCAAUUUCAUCAUCAUUUUAAUUUAUUUAAAGCCAUUAUAUCGAAUGUUUGUAACAAAAAAUUUCAUUUCAUCGAUUCAUUGUUUUAUCAAUAUUCGGAAUGGAUCGUGUUUCAAAAAGGAUAAAAUCUAACCAAAAAUGCAAUCAUUCUGUGAAUAAUUCUAACAAAACCGUUUCAACUUCAAAUAAUAAAAUUAUACCCAAAACACAAACUAUUCGAAAUUCCAAAGUCUCUGAAGAAACCGAACACAAUCAUGAAAAAAUUGUUUCAAUUCAAUUAAAUUCAAUUUUGACAACCGAUGAUCAUGUCAUUCGUCCAUCAAAUGUUGAUGAGAAAGAUAAAGAGAAAUCAAAUCAUUCUGAAAAAAGUGAUGAAACAUCCGAUUCAACCACAACAACACAAUUCGAACUAUCAAAAGGACAUUCAAUAUGUCCGAUUAUUAGUCGAUAUAAAAUUGAAAGCAUUUCUACUAUAAAACCAUUUAGUCCUUUGAACGAUAUUUUAAAUGAGAGAAUCAAAAAUGCAUUUAUAAAUGGUAUCGAUGAUGAUGAUGAUGAUGAUGAGGAUGUAGAUGAAGAACAAGAUACGAUUGUUGUCCAACCUUUGAUAAAAGCUUUAAAAAACAAACAAACACAACAAACAAAUGUCUCUUCAUCGCCAAAUAUCAAUUUCAAAAAAUGGGCCGAUGCUUUCAACAAUGAUCUGCAAAAUUGUCUGCCAUCAGCGGAUGAUUCUUUUCAGAAUUCUAGUUUUGAUCGUGAUCAAAAUUUCGUCAAUUGUUCAAGUAACAAUGUUAUUAAUUCUACUAAUGAAAAUGAAAGAAUAGAUGAUAAUUUAUCAAUUUUGGAAGAUAAAAAUCCUUGUCCAAAUGAAACAACAAUUAUAUCAGAUACAAGCUGCAAUUUUUCUAAGCAACUAUCAGAAAAGCAUUUAAAAAUUACAAGAAAUAAACCACCUGUACAAUCAACACCAUUACCUGAAAUCCAACGUCGAGCAUUAAAACGAUUUUCACAAUUAGAAAUUGCAAACCAUACGAUCACGAAACCAUCUUUCAAUGAUUCAUUGAAUGAUUAUUUCGAUAACAACGGGGAGGAUAUUGAAUACAGAGAAUUAAUCGCCGAACAAGAAUCAUCACAAAAUAAGAUGGACAAAUUUUGUGACCAAUCAGAACAGCAAAAUUUAUUAGCCGAAAAAAUUACAUUAAGAAUACCUCAAUCAUUACUACUUAAUAAUAAUAGUUAUAGAUCAUUGACACUUGAACAAAUCAUUGCCCAAUUGAAUACACACACAAAUGAUUUUUAAAAAUACAUGCUUUAUUAUUAUUUUUAAUUUAAUUUGUAAAAAUUAAUAUUCGUUUGUUAUCCAAUUCCAUCUGUAGAGAUAAUUUUUUUUUAUCAGAUUCAUCAAAUUCAAUAAUAAUAAUUCAAAUUCAAAUAAUGA